GUAGAAGUUGGCGCGCCUUGUGGAGUUUGCGUUGCGACAAGUUAUUGAAGGUCGAGAAUGGAUGGAAUGAGGGUUCAUUGCAGUCGGUCAAAUACAUCAACUUAAACGGGCACUGGUGACGGCGCAGGACAGAAUCAUACACUUCGCAUUUAAAUACGGACAAUUGUCUCAACCUUGUACAAGCCAUUUUUUAAUUUGUGCAUCACUCAAUCGCUUUUCAUGCAUCAUUGGUCUAUUGAAAUUGAAAAGACGGAAUAAUGAAUAAUCCAAGUGAAGGAAAGGACUCUAGUCUUGUACAAUGCAUUUUAAAAGAGUUGGCCGAAGAACUCUCACCAUAUGGUUUCGAUAUAUCCCCAUUUUUAUCUGGUUGGUAUGAUGCCAAUACCAGUUCAAAGGUCCGACUUGGGUCUGAUCUAACACCUUAUGAAGACUGUUUAUGCAUUUGUUUGCUAAGCAAUCCACAAAUGUUUGAAAAGACAUUUAUACCAACUGUUUUUGAUUGGUGUAAGGAAUCAGGAAUAGAAUCACUGGAUAAUGUUUUGAAAUGUUUGAAAACUCGGUUUUGUGGAUCUAGAUUUCUUCCCGGCUCUGAUGAUCCCUUCGAUUGGACUGUUUUUAUUCGAUUACAAAAGGCACUAAGUAGUUCUGUUCAAAAAUUAAAACUUAAUCUAACUCCUGACGAGUCGACAAAGUUAAAUAAUGCGGAAUGGAUACCAGAUUAUGCUAUCAGACCAGUUACUCGACUUCCCUAUGUUCAUGUGCAAACAGCUGGUCACGUAUCAGGAAUGGCUUAUUUUCAUCAACCUAGUGAUUCAAUAAAGAAAAAAUGCAGUUCCUAUAGUGGAGUCAGUUUGCAUCCAUAUUACGGCGGUUGGUUCGGGUUUAGAGGUAUUUAUAUCUUCCCCAACUUACGAUAUCCAACUUUACCAAGACAAAAUCCAUUAUCUCCUAUCUAUUUCGAGAAUGAACAAUUGCCGGACGAAUUAUUAGAACAUGUAUUGCAUGCAUAUAAUUGUUGUUGGAAUGAAAAUAAAUGGAGAGAUUAUAAGUUACCAGAUACAAUUGAUCACCGUUAUUCAUUAAAUGCUUUAGCUUAUUUUUCAACGUCACCAUCAGAACGCGUACAAUUUGUUCGAAAUUUGUUUGCACGUUAUAAAAACACUGAUCAAUAACAAUAACCAAUUCCAUACACAAUUCGACUACCUUAAUUGUAAUUCAAAUGAAAGACAUUACUUUUUAGACAAUAUCGAAAGAGUCGACACUAAUGAAGUUUGGUGAAGUGUUUCCAAAUAAAUUAAUCUGAAUGCAAGUCUUGCUUUGUUCAAAUGAGUAAAUUCAUAGAGUUUGGUUUGGUUGGGUUGAGAUAGUUGUUUUUAUCUUUAUGUUUUCAUCGAAUUCUUAUGCACUAAACUUUAUUUUGCCUUGGUUUAAUAGCAAAAUAAUAAGUAUUCUCCUACAUUUUCCACUGUAGACUUUCACAAACAUUUUAGUUGAUUGCAUUUAUGAUUUUUUUAUAUUUUCGCUGACUUUUUCCGUUAACUUGACUUCGCUUUGAUUUAUUAAUAACAAUGGUAAUAAGUAAAUAUUCU